CAUGACGUCUAAAAUUUCCCUUCAAUCACAUCCAGAGAUAAAAGUGAUAACCUCAACAAAAUUCAGAAAUAAGAAUGAACUCAAAUCUCCCGAGCAACUUCUUCACAAACGACGACGGGACUCAUCCUCCUCAACAACUUCUUCAUCUUCCUCGUCGACAUCUUCUAGCAGUUCUGAGAGUUCAUUAUCUGAAGGGGAUUAUGCGGACAGUUCCAUUCAAUUUUGUGACUUGUGUUCCACUGAUCGAACCUUGCUUACUAUAGUAAGCAUUCCGACUUCACGGAAACAUGGAGGAGAAUAUUAUCAUGUAGUCAACAAUGUGACAGAGGAAACUAUUGAUAUAGAAAAAUAUGAUAGAAUCAUUCGAAUAAACAGCAACGAUGUCAAGAACAUUGAUCCUGUCGAAUUCAGAGAUAUCCUUCAAACGGAGCUGAGCAGCUCGAAGUGUUUCAAAUUUAGGAAAAGGACAUCAAUG